AUGAAGGGAAAGAGAGACGGCGAAGAGCUGAAGCCUCAUUCGACCAAACGGGCUCGAAUGACAUUGCCGCCAGGAUUCGUCCAGAAGAAGCAGCCAAUUAAUGUUUCUGCUCCGAAAUUUGUCUCUGCCUUUGGCGAUGCAUCUUCCCCAUCCACUCCUGGCCCGUCCAAGGCACGCGUUGGUUCAACCGACUUGGAGAAGCUACGUGCAGGGCAUCUCUCCGCGUUUGGUGAAGUUUCUCCUGUGAAGAAAGUUCCGGAGCGGCCACCCAAAGCUCCACCUGUCGUCUUGCCCUCCCCACCUAAGUCAGCAGAAGAUGGAAUGCAAGCAGUUGUUUCUGCUUUACGUCAGCCUGUAGGUGUCUCAGAAUCCGCGUCAGGACGACUACGUAGCAUCAGUGGGUUGCAAUUGCGCCCAUCAAUUUCAUCUACCAUGAAGCCCAUGUCGCUGGGUCCCAGACCACCUCCAGCGAACCCGCUUCGUUCAAGCAAGCCCUUAUCGUCGGUAACUCCGAUCUCGCGACCACCUCCAUUCCCUGGGACGUCCUCCUCCAUGAAACCCAUUUCCCGGACCAUUCCUAUCCCACCACCGCCUAAGCAUGGCGCAUCUCCGUCCAAGAAUCCAGCAUCUCUCAAGAGUAUCGCAGCACCUCCGUCCUUUGCACCGAAAACUCCGUCCCGGUCUGUACAGCGUGAGAUGAAGACUAUAUUCACUACGAACGUAGCCCUGGCUACAGAUCCACAUACGGAGAGCGGAUCUGCCGAGCUUCUGUCUAUCUUUGUGCAACAGCAUGGCCACGGAUACGUUGACCCCGUCGAGCGUGAGCUGCUUCGCGGACUGGGUCAGAGUCCGGAGAAGGCAUCGAAGAACAAGAACAAGGAUGCGAAGUACCUUAGAGGUGGCUUGGCAGACAAUGCGAAAUGUCUGUUUGGUCAUAACGAUACCGCGCUUUUACUUUGGCAGACAGACAUACACAACUGCAUACGAAACUCCCGGCGUGUUGUCCCCGAGCUGCGUCUGCGGAUCGUCUCCGUAUUUCACGUCAGUAAGGGCACGGGUAACCAUCGAUCACAUCAGCCUCCAUGUCUCGCGAUCCUCCGAUGUCGUAACUCAGGGAAUCAGAGCGCAGAGGUACUGAAUAUUCUGCUGAAUAUAGGGAGUCCGUGUGCGAACCUGCGGAUGAACAAAGUAGAGGAUGUCCAGGAAGGCCGCGAAGUGUACGUGUGGCGUCCAUGGCAUAAUGUCGACCUUUCGAGCACCAGUCUCCUUGCGGAUGGAGUAGAUCCAAGCGGCAGUGGUAGUGUGAUAUUUUGUUCUCGGUUCUGGAUUCCACCUCUCUGA